AAAUGUCAGCAGUCGAUAUCAAUGUGUUACUAUUUGUAGCGAAAUAACAUACAGUUUGCUGUAAUCACGGCUGGUAGGUAGGUACUUCAACAUAAUAUUAAUAUGCCGUGGUGUUAUGAUAACAGUAGGAGGUGUUAGCUAAAAACUUUAUACACUGUUCACGAUUCAAAAUGACAUAUCUUGUCGUUAAUCAAUAAAAAAAAUCUCAUCAGUUAUAUCAUAUUUUGUUGAUAUAUCAUUAUACCUAUCGAUGACCGACGCGAAAGAAAUCGAAGCACAAGACUCCGCACGAAGAUAUGGCCCGAAAGCGACGUUGGCACAAUGUUUGGCGACAAUAGCGCAGAGUUUUCUGUUCAUCGGAUUGGGCAUGAAUCUAUCGAUAUCUGCAAUAGUCAUUCGAGACUUGUAUCGAAAUCCGAAUAGUGAAUUCUCAAUAACGACCACCGAGGCCUCGUGGUACGGAAGCUUACUGUUCAUAAUCCACCCUGUCGGAUGUUUUCUGUCGGGAAUCGUGCAAGACAAGUUCGGAAAGAAACGCUGCAUGAUACUCGCAAACGUUCCCAGUAUAUUCGGAUGGGUGCUGCUGUACUCCGCACACUCGUCGGUGUUGCUGUGCGCUUCGACCUUACUGAUGGGCUUCAGCACUGGAUUCGGAGCCGGGUCCACCUCGUCGUAUGUGGGCGAGAUAUCGGAACCCAGGCUCAGAGGAUCUCUGGGUUCGCUGGGAAGCACGGCGAUGAGGAUUGGGACGUUACUGAUGUACAUCCUGGGCCUGUUUUUCGACUGGAGGACCGUGGCACUGUUCAGCACGUUCUGCCCAAUCAUUUGCAUAUGCUUCGUCCUUUUCAUCCCGGAGUCACCCAUUUGGUUGAUCGCCAAAGGCCGAAACGACAAGGCCAAAAAGGCCAUGUGUUGGUUGAGGGGGUGGGUGGAACCUGAACAAAUUAAACCAGAAUUUCUCGAACUGGUUCAUUAUAACGAAGUAUCUGGCACACAAGGCGGAAAAAUCAACAUCGACGAUAAGAGGUUUUUUUCGAAUUUAGCCCAGUUCAAAAACCCGGCUGUAUACAGACCACUGAGAUUGAUGCUGAUUAUUUUCUUCGUAUCUUUCGUAGUCAGCAUUUUCCCAACCAGACCAUUUAUCACCAAAAUAAUGAAAGAAAUUGGUUUAUUCGAUAACCAAAACGAAUCGUUGGUCCUCCUGACAGGCCUGACGAGUAUCGGGUGCAUCAUAGCGACUGCAACUGUUCAUCGAACCGGGAAAAGAUUAUUGACCAUAUUGACGUUAUCGAUAAACACUGUUUUAUUGUUAUCGUUUGGUGCAUACAUUAUUUCAGUCAAGGCAGAAUAUUUUUCAUCGUCUCCCUUGAUUUCCUUAACAUUUCUGUGCAGCAUUUACUUUUUUGGCUCAUGCGGAAUUUCAUGCAUUCCGUGGAUGAUACUAAUCGAAGUUUUUCCCAACAAAAGCCGAGGAGUUGCUACAUCUACAACGUCUGGAUUGGCUUAUAUUAUAUUAUUCACCCUAACAAAAUCAUACUUAAUAGUUGAAAUGUAUUUAAGUCUGGAGUAUACUAUGAUUCUCUUUGGUUGUGUUGGCGUUUUUGGUUUGAUCUAUUUCUAUUUUUAUUUGCCGGAAACUGAAAAUAAAACUUUAUUAGAAAUUGAAGAAUUUUUUGUAUCGACCAAAAACGGUUGGUUUCACAGUUAUUGUUAUCCUUAUAAUAUUAUAUUAUCUACCACCAUCAUGGCCAACGAAAUUGACAUCGACGGACCCAAUCCUGCCAAACACUAUGGUGGGAUGUCGAUAUUGGCACAAGUGUGCGCCACCAUAGCACAAAGUUUCUUAUUAGUGGGAUUGGGCAUGGAAUUGGCCAUGUCAGCGAUUGUAAUUCAAGAUUUGUACAAAAAUCCAAAAAGUGAAUUUUCGUUGACAACGGAGCAAGUAUCGUGGUACGGGAGCAUAUUAUUCGUAUUUCAUCCGACCGGCAGUUUUUUGUCGGGAUUCCUGCAGGACAGAUUUGGAAGGAAAAGAUGCAUGGUUUUAGCCAACAUACCCAGUAUUUUGGGAUGGAUAAUGCUAUACUACACACACUCAGUGGUUUCACUGUACACGUCCACCGUGCUGAUGGGGUUAAGUAUAGGGUUCAGCGAAGCUCCAAUAUUGUCUUACGUCGGCGAAAUAACCGAACCUAGGCACAGGGGAACGAUGACUUCGUUGGCGUCCGCAGCGAGCACGUUUGGGAUAUUGUUGAUUUUCAUUUUGGGGUAUUUUUUUGAAUGGAGAACCGUCGCAUUGCUGAGCACACUUUGUCCAAUCACGUGCAUAUGCCUCGUUAUGUUGAUCCCGGAGUCACCUUUAUGGUUGAUCGCCAACGGGAAAAACGAUAAGGCCCAAAAGUCACUGUGUUGGUUAAGAGGAUGGGUGAAACCCGAAGUGGUAAAAACCGAACUCUCGGAACUCGUUCGGUAUAACGAAGUGUCUGUUACUCAACAUGGCAACGUCAAUAUUGAAAAUGAAAAUAUUUUUUCGAAAUUAGCACAACUCACAGAUCCAUCAGUUUACAGACCUUUCAGAUUAGUGAUGUUUAUUUUUUUUAUUUCUAAUGUAGUCUGCAUGUCACCUUGCAAACCGUAUUUAAGCCAAAUAAUGAAUGAAGUUGGUUUAUCAGAAAAUCGCAGUUUGUUGUUUGUUAAUUUCGCCGUUCUACAAAGCGCUGGAUGCCUUAUACUAAUUUUAUCGGUGAAACACUUGGGAAAAAGAUUUUUAGCCGUUAUGUCGGUUUCGAUGAAUACUAUUUUGCUAUUUUUAUUCGGUCUAUACGUCAUGACAUUGAAAAAUGGUUACACCACAUCAAUUCCUUGGAUUCCCACAGUCAUAUUAAGUGGAAUUAAUUUAUUUGGAACUUUUAUCACCAUUUUACCUUGGAUGUUAAUUAGCGAAGUCUUUCCUAACAAAAGCCGAGGAGUCGCUGCUGGAUCAUGUGAAGCUUCAUCGUAUUUGUUAAUGUUCAUACUAACAAAAUUAUACUUAACAAUUGAAAUUAAUUUAACCUUGGAGUACACUAUGCUUCUAUUUGGUAGCAUUGGGCUUUUUGGAUUGGUUUACAUAUAUUUUUAUUUACCGGAAACUGAAAAAAAAACGCUUUUAGAAAUUGAAGAAAAUUUCAAAUAAAUUGUAAAUAGCUAGUGCUUUACAGUUGAUUAAUUGUCUCAUGUGUUAAAAUUAUAAUAUAAUAUACUUGGAACUAAAAA